CUCUGUUGCCACACUCUCUCUCUCUCUGUGCUCGGUGCUUUGCAGCUACCAACUGGCUGCACGGCGGAGGAUGCGACUGCCCUCGACAAGCAACAAUUUUCAUUGAUAAAAACGCCAGCUGCCGGAUCCUGUGGCUCAGUCGUACGCGAGCGUUCAGUCACACAGUGCCGGAUUGGUGCAAGUCCUUUGGGAGUCGGACGAGAUGGUCUUUUCGGUGGAUCUCCGUGUGCGCGUCUCUGACUCUGACUUAAUUAAAAAUCGCGUAUACGCCGCGUGUCAACAAGUUAAUGUGCUGUAUAAGCAGCUCACAGCGGCUUACGAAGCCAUCAAACAAACGGCUUAAGCUCCUUAAAAAAUUCACAAUUCAGCAUAAUUUUACUGAAUAAACAGUUGAAAUCGCAGCAAAGUUUCGCGUCCCAUUGGCGCCACUCCACAAUCGCAGUUGGUAAAGUUUUGGGUCUGCCCGAUGAUAAAUUGUUAAGGAACUUUUCUUUUUUCGUCAGCAAGUGGCAAUUGAAAUGACAAUUUUGCAAUCAGAGAUAACAUUUAAGUUCUGGAAAAGUUACAAUUCCGCUGCUUUGGUAAUCCAAAUAAAACAGCAGCUAAAGUAAAUAAAUUCAAUAUACUCUGGCGACACGAAAAGACUGCACAAUAAAUCCAAAAGAGCUAAUUGAAGCAGACCCAAGACAACCGAGAAAAUGCUUCGUGACCGCCGCAUCCGCCAUGAUGCACAACCAAUGAGGACAGCCGGGGAGCUGCAACACGGGCCAGCAUUGCCAAAUGCGGUAAUUGGAGAGCCAGCCGACAAGUAAAUAAGCGCAAUCCCAGCGUCCGUAGCGGUGCUCACCUCCGAGGCACAUCGGGCACACGCAGCCCUGCCCUGCACGUCCGGGCUGCAGUUUGAAUUUGGACGAAACCCGUAAGUUUGGCAAAAGGUAAACCGCACGCCAUGGACAUGGAGGCCCUCAUGUCAGCCCUGCCCACGCUGACAACGGAGGCAGCUGGCAGCAGCCUCUGGCUCACCAGUGCCCUCUCCCUCUCCGAGAUGCUGGCCAACAGCAGCGCCAGCCCCAGCGCCACCACCAGCUCGGCUGCAGCAGCGACGGCAUCCACAGCCUCCUCAGCGGAAACUGUGGGAAAGGUCCCAGACAAGCACGAGGUGACUGACAACGUAUCCACAGUACUGAGUUCGUAUCCCGGCUAUAUACACUAUCGCGAUAAGUACGAUCUGAGCUACAUUGCCAAAGUGAACCCGUUCUGGCUGCAAUUCGAGCCGCCGAAGCAGAGUACCUUCUACCUCAUGGCCGCCCUCUACUGCCUCAUCUCGGUGGUGGGAUGUGUGGGGAACGCAUUUGUCAUCUUCAUGUUUGCGAACCGCAAAUCGCUUCGGACACCGGCCAACAUUCUGGUGAUGAAUCUGGCCAUUUGCGACUUUCUGAUGCUCGUCAAGUGUCCCAUUGCCAUCUACAACAACAUCAAGGAGGGGCCGGCGCUGGGCGAUGCAGCCUGUCGCAUCUACGGAUUUGUGGGCGGCCUCAGUGGCACCUGUGCCAUCGGUACCCUCACAGCCAUCGCCCUGGAUCGGUACAACGUGGUGGUGCAUCCGCUGCAGCCACUGCGCCGCUGCUCGCGACUUCGCUCCUACCUGAUCAUCUUCCUCAUCUGGUCGUACAGCUUCCUGUUUGCGGUGAUGCCCGCCCUGGAUAUUGGGCUGUCCGUUUACGUGCCCGAGGGCUUUCUGACCACCUGCAGCUUCGAUUAUCUGAACAAGGAGACCCCGGCGCGCAUCUUCAUGGCGCUGUUCUUCGUGGCCGCAUACUGCGUGCCGCUGACCACCAUCGUCUACUCCUACUUCUACAUCCUCAAGGUGGUGUUCACGGCGAGCCGCAUCCAGUCGAACAAGGACAAGGCCAAGACGGAGAAGAAGCUGGCGUUCAUUGUGGCCGCCAUCAUAGGACUGUGGUUCCUGGCCUGGUCCCCCUACGCUGUCGUCGCCAUGAUGGGUGUGUUCGGCCAGGAGCGGCACAUCACGCCCCUGGGCUCCAUGAUCCCGGCACUCUUCUGCAAGACGGCCGCCUGCGUCGAUCCGUACCUGUAUGCCGCCACGCAUCCCCGAUUCCGUGUCGAGGUGCGCAUGCUCUUCUUUGGACGGGGCGUACUGAGGCGGGUCUCCACCACGCGAUCCUCGUACAUGACCCGCUCCCGGUCGUCGUUCAACCGACGGUUGCGUCCAACCGCCGACGCGGAACACCGCGUGGAGGCAUAUCAGAUGAACAACAACCUGAUGAUGGUGCCCGAGGAGACGGAGGAGAACGAGGAGAGUGUCGUUGUGGCUGUGGAGAUGAACAACUCGUACAGCGGCAUGGAGCAGAGCAAGUUCUAAAGGGAGACCAAAGGGAAUCUUUUAAGCAUCGAAUCCGCGGAAUCCAAAGUCAUUUGGACACAAAAACACACACAAACACACACACUCUAGGGACCCACCCGUAUCGAAUGCGGCAUGUGAAUCUCUUUGCCAUAAAGGAGAGCCAUCUGCUUUGUUCGGUCACGGCAAUGGAUGCGCCAUGCCAUGCCAUGCCAUCGAGGGACAACCACAACCGCGUUGGCUCGCCCCAUAAUGAAAGCGAAACAAAAAACGAAACGGAAAUGGAAAUGGAAAUGGCAAUGGAACUCUUGGCCAUUGUGUUGUGCUGUGCGUUAUGAAAUCCUUCCUGCUCAAGGCGGAGAAGCCAUAACGAUAUCAGCAGC